ACCCAUUAUAAACAGUGUUCGUGGCCUCGAUAAUGAGUCGCAUGUCUCAGUCUACAAAAAUAAGCGCGCUACGUUAGUUGCACCGCUGAUAAUUUUAAGUACAACACAAAUAUAGAUGCGAUUAGAUGUAUACACUGUUUUUAUAACUCUAGUUUAGUUUGAAUCUCAACAACGGUUAUCAUGAAACUAGCUGUAUUGCUAAUAAUAUAUUCAGUAAUUUUAAACAGUGCGUACAGCCUAAAACUCCUAAUUGUAUUUCCUGUACCUGCAAGGAGUCAUUAUAUAUUAGGAAAUGGUUUAAGUAAAGGUUUGGCAAACUUGGGACAUGAAGUUACUUUUGUUGCUCCGUUUUCUGAACCAAACCCACCUAAAACUUUAAAGCAAAUAGUGUUGAAGGAACUUGUUGAAGCAAGGAAUGAGCAACCCCCAAACAUGUUUGAAAUGGCAGAUAUUUCUCCCUUUUUCCAAAUUUUCUUUUUAAAUGGUAUUAGUAGCAUAAUGAUUGAUUCUUUCCUCAAACAUCCUGAAGUUCAAGAGUUGUUGCAUUCGAAUGAAAAGUUCGAUGCUGUGAUACUCGAACAAUUUAUGUCUGAUGCCCUUACCGUACUUGCUCAUCAUUAUAAUGCUCCCCUCAUAGUAUUCAGCACAAUAGGCCCCAACCGAUGGGUUAAUAACUUAGUUGCUAAUCCUGAACCAGCUAGCUAUGUACCUGACAUAUUCUUAAGUACAUCCGAACAAAUGACAUUUGCUGAACGUGCCUACAACCUGUUUUUCACUAUGGCAUCUCAGUUAAACUUGUAUUAUAUAGUUUAUCCCCGCCAAAAACGGAUUGCCGAGAAAUAUUUCCCUGGCCUAACUGACUUUGAGAAAAUACAUACAAAUGUGUCAUUGGUUUUAUUGAAUUCUCAUGAGAGUAUAAGUCAACCGGUACCACACGUACCUAACAUGAUCGAUAUAGGCGGAUACCAUGUUCAACCAUCCAAAGCGUUACCGAAAGAUUUACAAGAUUUUAUGGAUAGCGCUAAAGAAGGAGUUAUAUAUUUUAGCAUGGGUUCUAACCUAGUACCAUCUCUAAUGCCAACAAGAACAAAAAAUGUAAUAUUAAAAGUAUUAGGAUCGAGGAAAGAAAAGGUUUUGUGGAAAUGGGAUGAAGAUCAAUUAGAAAAUAAACCAGCUAAUGUAAAGAUCUCAAAAUGGUUUCCACAGCAAGACAUUCUAGCUCAUCCCAACUGCAAGUUAUUUAUUACUCACGGUGGUCUUCUAAGUACUACCGAGACAGUGACUAUGGGAGUACCUGUACUGGCAUUUCCCAUUUUUGGAGACCAAAAGCUAAACGCCAGAAGGGCGCAAUCGCUGGGAUUUGGUAAAAGUCUGGAAUUUAGCAGUAUUACUGAGGAGGAACUGGCCUCUACAUUGAAUGAGUUACUAUCAAAUCCAAAGUAUAAGAAAAAUGCGAAACUCAGAUCACAACUUCUCCAAGAUCGGCCGGUAAAACCUAUAGAAUUGGCAGAUUAUUGGAUAAAAUAUGUUGUGAGAUAUGGAGGAGCACCACAUUUAAGAGUGGCUGGUAUUCGUUUACCUUUUUACAAGUAUUGGUUUUUGGACGUAGUAGCAGUGUUUGGUGGUGGCUUCGUUCUCUCAAUUUAUGUGCUAGUCAAAUUGUGGAAAUACAGAAAAUAUAAUCAAGCUAAAGAGCAACUAGAAGCGAGUUCAAAGAAAAAGAGGCAAUAGACUGUUUAAUUUAUGUAUUAUUUUAUUUAUAAUAAAUUGUUAAUACAAAAUUA